UUGACUUCUAUUCUCAUUCGUGAGUGCGCAGCUGUUCGGGAAGGUUAGUUGCGUAUUAAAUCGUUGUAGUAUUUAGAGACUUUUUUCGCAAACGUUUUCAUUUAUUUGACCUAGAAUCAAAAUUUUACCCUUCGAACCGAAACUUUAAAAGUUUAUUGAAGCUUUUUGUAACACAAUAGUGAUAGUGAAUGAAGAGCAAGUUGAGUAGUUCUGUAGUGGUAUGGCUAAUCGAUGAACCCAUGCAUUUUUAAUGGGAUAUGAAUGAGAUAAAAUCAUUACCUUUGAACUAAUUUUAAGGCGCAGUAUUAAAUAAUAAACAGUUGAGGUCUUCUUAGAAAACCUGUUUUGCUCGAAGCGGCACGAGAGAAGAUUAUUUGAGGUUCCGAACACCGAUAGCAAAAUCAUCCGUCAGUUUCGGUUGUUAUCGCUCUUUUGUUUGUAAACAUUUUAAAUGCAGCAGCAAACCAGCUGAAGUUACUGUCGCGAGAAACAUUCUCGAUUGAAAAAUAAGAGAGAAUUCCUGAUUUUGUACACCCGAUUAGCUGCGAGUGCAGUUUUCCUCGCCCGAGAGAAAAAUGAGUGACCUAAUCACUGGUCCAGGUGCAGACACCGCAGGGUCGUCUGGAGACUCCGUAUCGUACAGCGAAAGUGACAAUCUGUUGAACGACGUCAAUCCUGGUGAUAACAGCGCCGAGAUGGCUGGCGCCAGCAAGGAGCAAACUCCGGAAAAAGCGGAAAUUGAGAAGGCAGCAGCCAGCGACAGCAUCGGCUCGCUACUGUACUCCUUCGCGAAGAAGGUUGUCACCGUUGGUAUCAUAUACUUCGUCGGUUAUAUGGGAUGGUCGGUAGCGUGGCUGAUAACCCCAGUCAUUCUGUCGGUGGCUCGCGACCAGUGGCGAACGAAAACCGAAACCCGCCGCAAUGUGGCUAAAGCGUCAGCACUGGCGAACGAGAAAGAGGUCAUUUUGGCACGUCUGGGAGAUCUUCCUGCUUGGGUGUUCUUUCCGGAUGUCGAACGUUGUGAGUGGUUGAACAGGGUUUUGAAACAAGUGUGGCCCAAUGCGAAUUUCUUCGCCAAAAACCUAAUCAAGGAAUCCAUCGAGCCGAACAUUCAACAAGCUCUGGCCGGGUACAAGCUGAACGGUUUCAAGUUCGACCGUAUGAUUCUUGGAACAAUUCCUCCUCGUAUUGGUGGUGUGAAGGUGUACGAUAAAAAUGUGUCCCGAAAUGAAAUUAUUAUGGAUUUAGAUCUGUUUUACGCCGGCGAUUGUGAUAUCAAUUUCUCGCUGAGUGGUUUGCGAGGAGGAAUCAAAGAUUUCCAGAUCCAUGGUACGGUACGGGUAAUCAUGAAACCGUUGAUUUCCCAGAUGCCACUCGUGGGUGGCUUGCAGAUUUUCUUUCUCAACAAUCCAAACAUUGAUUUCAACUUGGUUGGAGUGGUAGAUUUGCUCGACAUGCCAGGUCUGAGUGACAUUCUACGAAAAAUCAUAGUGGAACAGGUGGCUGCCAUUAUGGUGUUGCCUAACAAACUGCCAAUCAUUUUGAACGACAGUGUCCCGGCGCUUUCCCUCAAAAUGCCGGAACCGGAGGGUGUUUUGCGAAUACACGUCGUUGAAGCUAAGGAUCUGAUGAAAAAAGAUAUUGGCGUUUUGGGAAAAGGCAAAUCAGAUCCUUAUGCUAUUGUAUCGGUUGGAGCUCAACAGUUCCGCACGCAAACUAUAGACAACACUGUGAACCCCAAGUGGGACUACUGGUGUGAGGCUGAAGUUAACGCAACGUUAGGUCAAGAAAUAGUACUCAACCUUUGGGACUGGGAUCCAGGCUUAUCAGGCGUCCAGAAUGACGACUAUCUUGGCAGAGCUACGGUCGAGAUAAGCAGUGUUACGAAAAAUGGCGAAAUUGAUACGUGGUUGACUCUGGAACAAGCUAAGCAUGGUUUGGUUCACCUGCGAUUGACUUGGUUUGCUCUAAGUGCAGAGAAAGCAGAUCUGAAGGCCGCUCUAGAUGAAACUCAACUACUGCGAGUGACAUCAAUGAGCACGGCUCUUUUGACGGUCUUUAUUGAUUCUGCUAAAAAUUUACCGCAAGCCCGCCAGCAAAGUCAACCGGAUCCGUACCUGAUUUUAAGCGUCGGUAAGAAAUCCGAACAAACCACUCCGCAAAUGCGAACUGAUGCACCGGUGUGGGAACAAGGAUUCACCUUUUUGGUUGGAAAUCCAGACAACGACACACUACAGCUCAAACUAAUCGAUCAGAAGACUGGCAAUUCGCUUGGAACGCUCAUCUACCUACUUAGUGCACUGAUGGACAAACCGAACUUAGAGGUUAUGUCGCAGCCUUUCCAACUACAAAAAUCGGGACCAGAAUCUAAGAUAAUUAUGUCGCUUUCGCUGCGCAUUUUGAAACGAUAUCGUUGUGACACACCAACCACUGAGGCCGUCUCCGAUAAGACACCUUCAUCCGAAGGUUACGGAGGGGAUAGCUCUCUGUCAAGGUCCAAUUCCAUAAGAACAGCACCGGCGGUCGUUGCUGAUUCGACCACAUCAGAACCGGUAGUUAGUUCUUCCAUUAGAAAGCAAGAGUCUAGAAAAUCAGCCUCAUCUGGAAUUGUUGACCAAAUGUCUAUUCAGGAAGAGCCAUUCAUCAUUUCCACAUUGAAUACGGUAAUGAUGGCUACUCCUCCCAGGAGUCCUAACCUCAGUGAAAACGGAAAUGAACUCUUGCGUCGUAGUCCGAGUACGACCUCCAGUGCUGGAUCUGCUGGUUUGGGUCGCAUUCAUCUAACAAUCGCAUUCAGUGUACAGCGGCAACGGUUACUAGUCAUCAUCCACAAAAUCAACAAUAUACCUUUGAAAGACCCCAGUAAUAUCCCAGACCCUUAUGUAAAACUUUAUUUGUUACCUGGACGAACAAAGGAAUCUAAACGAAAAACUAACGUUGUGAAGGACAACUGUGAUCCAGUUUUCGACGCCACAUUUGAUUACGUUAUUUCGAAUGCUGAGCUGGUCAACUCGGAGCUGGAAGUUACGGUUUGUACUCAGAAAGGAUUCUUCGGAAGCCCUGUUAUUGGAAUGCAAAAAAUUGCUCUCAGUGAUCCAGAAAUCUCGUCAUCCCAGGGGAUGAAGGCUUGGUACGAUCUGUUACCUGAGUCCAAAUUCGAAUGAAUACUGUGAAUUGAAAAAAAAGUUAUCUAUGUAGAUCUAAAGUGUUUGAUCAUUGCCUUUUAUCUUGUUUAUAAGGAAUCGUACAUUAUAAAAUUAACAGAUUUUAUUGUGAAUAUUAUAUACUGCAACAAUUUGCACAUUUUUAUAUUUGAAUCGUCCAAGGGAAUUUAAAUCUCAAUAGUAGCAACCAUUCGAAGGAUUUAAAAGAUUCAGAACACAAUAGAAGUAAACAACUACAUGCACAAAAAACCACUUAUUCGAGAAUUUCAUUCAAGAUCACUAUGAUAGUAUUUCAUAGAGUUCUAGUAGACACAGUUAAUCUUCAAAAAAAUAUUGAGAUAUGAACAAAACAUGAUUCUCUCCGCAACGUGUCAAUUAGUAGAGAUUGCAUAGUGAACAGUUCGCAGAAAUUCCAACCAGAAUCCUGCAUAACAGCAGAGCAUACGCUUUUUAGAAAAGCAUCACCAUGGCCUUUGAAGCACGCGCUUGAUAUAAAAUAACAUUACAAUACAUUAUGAUAACAGAUUAGACAUUACAGAUAACCCCAUUGAAGGGUACACCCGUAGAGAGCUUAAUCUUUGAAAAACCGUGAACACAAUCAUUAAACUUAACUCGAAAGAGCACACACACAAUCUUCUAAAGUCAAAAAUCACUGUCAUUGGUUGCAGUAGAGCGAAAGUUUUGCCUACAUUUUAUCUAGAAAUUAGCUUUCAAAAUCUACUCACUAUAUGAGCAAAAUAAGCGAAACAAACAACUAAUAAUGAUUUACCGAUUACUGUAAAAACUAACGUGUAUUUCAUGUUUUAA